AUGGCAUACACACCCAGAGGUGCAGGAGGAUCGCGCGGUGGCGACCGUGGAGGACGCGGUGGAUUUGGAGGCGGGCGCGGCGGCGAUAGAGGUGGUCGUGGAGGCUUCUCGAGAGGUGGUGCCAGAGGAGGUCGAGGUGACAGCAGAGGCGGCCGUGGAGGUGGUCGAGGUGGAGACCGGGGCGGACGAGGCCGAGGAGCACCACGAGGACGUGGAGGAGCUGGAGCAAAGGGCGGCGCGAAGACUAUCAUCGAACCCCAUCGCCACGCCGGUAUCUUCGUCGCUCGCGGCAAGGAGGACAUGUUGGUCACCAAGAACCUCUCCCCUGGCGAGUCAGUCUACGGCGAGAAGCGCAUCAGCGUCGAGAACAGCGGCCCAGCCAACGCCGACGGAACUCCCAGUGUCACCAAAACCGAAUACCGAGUCUGGAACCCUUUCCGCUCUAAGUUGGCAGCGGGUGUCUUGGGUGGUCUGGACGAGAUCUUCAUUAAGCCCGGAGCAAAGGUCCUCUACCUCGGUGCUGCGUCUGGAACUUCCGUCUCACACGUCGCUGAUAUCGUUGGCCCUACUGGAACGGUCUUCGCUGUUGAGUUCUCCCACCGCUCCGGUCGUGAUCUGAUUAAUAUGGCCACCCACCGCACAAACGUUAUUCCUAUCAUCGAGGACGCCCGUCACCCGCUCAAGUACCGCAUGUUGGUUUCCAUGGUCGAUGUCAUCUUCGCAGAUGUCGCCCAGCCUGAUCAAGCCCGUAUUGUUGGAUUGAACGCACACUUAUUCCUAAAGGUUGGUGGUGGUAUCGUUGUUUCUAUCAAGGCCAACUGUAUCGAUUCGACCGCUGCCCCGGAAGCCGUGUUCGCAAGAGAGGUCCAGAAGUUGAGAGAGGAGAGAAUCAAGCCUUUGGAGCAAUUGACAUUGGAGCCCUUCGAGAGAGAUCAUUGCGUUGUCGUCGGCCGCUACGUUCGUUCCACGACAUAG